AUGUCGGACAUCAACGAUGAGAAAGAACUGAGCGUUAACGCUGGGGAUUCCUCACAGCAGCCGCAGCAGAAGGAACGUCGCAAGAUCGAAAUCAAGUUCAUCCAGGACAAAACAAGACGACACAUUACGUUUUCAAAGCGUAAACAUGGAAUCAUGAAAAAAGCGUACGAAUUGUCAGUGCUGACGGGCACCCAGGUGCUUCUAUUGGUGGUAUCCGAGACUGGGCUGGUGUACACUUUCACCACGCCCAAAUUUCAGCCCAUUGUAACACAGCCAGAGGGUAAAAAUCUCAUUCAAGCGUGUUUGAACGCUCCGGAAGACGAAGACGAAGUGGAAGAGGAAGAAGACGAUGCAGAGGAAGAAGAGGAGGAGGACAGUGGACACACGGACGCCGCCAAGCUGCAGCGGGCCCGUGCGGUGGUGACCGGACCCCAGCAAACACAGCAAUCCCAGCAGAACCAGCAACAGGCCCAACACGUGCAACAAGACCAACAGGUCCCGCUGAUUUCUUCUCAGCUACCUCCACAGAUGACUCACCAGCAGCUUCCCCAACAACUCGCACAGCAGCACCAGCAACAACCGCCGCACCAACAGCCCCAGGUUUCUACGUUUGGGAACCCAGCAGCCUACCUAAACGCAGAGCAAGCUGCAGUAUACCAUCAAUACUUCAAUGGUGUCAAUUCUCAGCAGGGACAGUAUUGA